CAGAAGAAGGGUAAAGACUACAUACGGGUGUGUGUGUAUUGCUAUAUCAGCCACGGAGGAAUUCCUUAUUGUGUCUCGAGUAAGCUUUGUUUUAUCGAUUCAAAUUCUUCUGGGUUUUCUCCUGUUUUAUGUGUUGAUCAAUAGAAGAUAUCUUGGUUCUCUGAGUUUGGGCCCAGAUGAAUAGAUUUACAGGGGUCAUGGGUAGUCUCAGAAAUUAGAUUUUCUCAAAGGUUUCUCCUUUCCUUUCCAUCCCUUUUCUUUUUUGUAUGAUCAACACCAGCAGAGAAGUCUGAGCUCCACUUUUUUUCUGGACUUUAGUGCAUGCUUUUCCUAAUUCCAGAAACUAGAAUUUCUCUUCCAGCAACUUCUGGUAGUCUCUGAUCAACUAGUAUUUUCCUCGAGCUCCUUCGAAAUGAGUCAGACUCAUUUAGGACCUCGUCAUGACGCGGCCGGAAAAUUUAGACUGGUUUCUCUUCCAGAUAAAGCCUGCAAGAUUUUCUCAUAUCUCAAGAGAAUAUCUCUCCUCCUCUGUCUCUUUUUCUCAAUAUCUAUCGUCCUUUGCACCACUUUUUCCCCCAACCACAACCAAUUCUGGAAUCGGUUACCCCCCCGCACCCGAACCGGAACCAAACUCGCACCCGGCCCGCCCACUAACAUCUCCCACAUCCUUUUUUGCAUCGGUGGAUCAACCGCCACAUGGCGCGAUCGUAGCCUGUACAGCUCCGUCUGGUGGGUCCCAAACGUUACGCGAGGGUUCGUUUGGCUUGAGCAAAACAUCGAUAGCAACCAGACCAAUAAAAACGUCCCAGCUGUCAAGGUGUCAUCUCCAGAGUGGACCCGGUUUAAGUAUUCUAGCUCAAGAUCAGCGGUCAGGAUUGCAAGGAUCAUAAGUGAUAGCGUUAAAUUAAGGUUGCCUGAUGUGAGGUGGUUUGUCAUGGGAGAUGAUGAUACCGUGUAUUACACUGACAACUUAGUUUCGGUGUUAUCGAGGUAUGAUCAUAAUCAAAUGUGGUACAUUGGAGGGAAUUCUGAGAGUGUGGAACAAGAUGUGAUUCAUUCUUAUGACAUGGCUUUCGGUGGGGGUGGGUUUGCUCUUAGUUAUCCGUUGGCUGAGAGUUUGGUCAGUAUAUUGGACGGUUGUCUUGAUAGGUACUAUUAUUUCUACGGUUCUGAUCAGAGGAUUUGGGCUUGUAUCAGUGAGAUCGGCGUGCCGCUCUCUAGAGAACGUGGGUUCCAUCAGUUUGAUAUUAGAGGAAGCGCAUAUGGCCUCCUAGCAGCACAUCCUCUAGCCCCUCUCGUAUCACUUCACCACCUUGACAAUCUGGAGCCGCUGUUUCCAAAUCACAACCGAAUAGACUCUCUUAAAUCCAUCAACCAGGCAUACCGGGUUGACCCACCCCGAAUCUUUCAACAAACAUUUUGCCAUGACUCCAAGCGGAAAUGGUCCAUAUCCAUAGCAUGGGGCUACACAGUUCAGCUGUACCCCUUAUUGUUGCCAGCCAAGGACUUGCAAACACCAGAGCAGACAUUCAAGACGUGGCGGAGUUGGAGCGAUGGACCAUUCACAUUCAAUACCCGACCCAUGGAGCCUGACCCUUGUAAACGACCGGUUGUUUUUAUGCUUGAGCAGGCCAACGAAGGGGACGCUAAUGGGUCCUUGUCUAGUUACAAGAGGAUCGUUCAUGAACCAGGGAAGACUUGUGAGACAACAAAGUAUGCCCAAGCAAUGUCAGUGCAGAGAAUUCUUGUAUCCUCCUUGAAAAUGGAGCCAGAUUAUUGGAAAAAGUACCGUGAGCAGGCACCGAGAAGAUAUUGCUGUGAGUUAAUGAAUAAAGGGAGCAUAAAGAACGGCAGCAUGCAGCUUAGGAUUAGAAGAUGCAGAAAUUGGGAAAGUAUUACUUCUAGGUUAGACUAGCUCCUUAACAUUUCAGCCGUGUAAGCAUUGCCCUCUACAAAACUUGCCAUACUGAGUAUACAGGAAAAGAGAUUGCGGUGCCGUUUGGAAGUCCAUUCCGAGCAGUGUUUCUCUAAAUCUUUUUUUCUUUGUUUUUUACUUAAAUUAACUUUUUAUAUUUUUAAGUCAUUUUAAUA